GUCGGAUGACGCCAUCAAAGCCCGCCGCCCGGGUUGUGGCGCCUCGCUGCGCCUGCGCCGCCCGUCCCCCGCCGCCUUCCCCAUGGCUGCCGCCGCCUCCCCCCCCAUGGCUGCCGCCGCCUCCCCCAUGGAGGCUUCCGUGGAGACGCCGCCGGUGGCAAAGGCGGCCCCGGUCCGCCGCAAGCGGAAGCCGCCCAAAGGGAAGUACGCGCAUUUGUCCAAGCGGCCUAAGGUGCUCGGGCCGCGCAAGCUGGAGGCCGGCAUGAGCGGCAUCCUCAUCACUUCCAACGUGGGCCAGCAGAAGUGCGUGGCCGAAGCCUACAACCUGCUGAGCGAGUACGGAGAGGAGCUCUACGGGCCCGGGGAGUUUAUAGAGCAAAAGGUGGUCAGGCUCGGUGAAGAGGAGGAAGAUGAUGCCGAAGCAGCUUAAAAAGAAGUGGAUCAGAUCCGUAUCACGGAACAGAAGCGGCGUCGAUUCCAGUCGUUGCCGAGCGGAGCUAACAAUGUGUUUUUCAUUCGAACGCAGGGUGUUGACCCUGAGAUGUUGGUCCACUACAUUCUAAAGGACAUGCAUGCCACCAAGAAGAAGAAAACCAGGGUCAUCCUGCGCAUGCUGCCCGUGUCGGGCUCCUGCAAGGCCUUCAUCGCGGACAUAAAGCGGUAUGCAGAGACCCUUUUCGAACCCUGGUUCAAAACCCCCCAGAGGAGCACUUUCCAGAUCGUUUACAAGGCGCGGAGUAACCACCACCUCACCAGGGAAGAAGUCAUAAAACAGUUGGCAGGCGUCGUGGGCCACUUCAACCCAGAAAACAAGGUCGACCUGAGCAACCCCGAUUACACCAUCGUGGUGGAGAUCAUCAAGAACGUCUGCUGCUUGAGUGUGGUGAAGGACUACAUUCUCUUCCGGAAGUACAAUCUCCAGGAGGUGGUGAAAAGCAAAUCCGAGGAGCAGCCGGAGGAGGCUCCUACAGCACCCGACGAGAACGACGACCCCGGACCGAAAACACCGGAAGCGCAGGAGGGAAAACCAAACCGAGUGCCAAGGGCAGACGGAGACCGCCUCCAGCGACAAUCAUGAGGACUAGGACCUUGAACGAAAGAGCCGAGAAGAAGAA